AAGGACAACCACCAAGCCCUAGGCCGACAACAAUCGAACUGGAACGUCUCUUUCCCCACAGUUCACUGUUUCAACUUCAAAACCUCUAAAUCUCUCCAAAAAUCCAACCAAAUUCUCAAAUGGCUGUAAGAAUUCCUUUCCUUUUUUCCACAAUCACCCCACGAGAGCAAAAAUUCCGCCCCCAUCCUUUCCACUCCACAACCCUUUUGAGCGACAAACCCAGAACCCGAAUCUCAUGCGUCAACAAAAUCAGCGAUGCAGAGCUUUCAUCAAAUUUGGCUUCGGAGGUGGCAAAGAUAAACACCCAUUUGGCGCAGAGAGAGGAGGCGAUGAAGAAGAGCAAAGAGCUCCUGUUCACAGAGCUGUGCCACUACCUGGCUUUGCAAGGAGACGAGGCGAAGAAGAAGUGGAGGAAGAUGGAUGAAGAGGAAAGAUUGGUUUUGGUUAAAGGGUUUGUUACAGAGUGGAGUGCGAAUUUUCAUCCAUUGUCUGCGAGGUCUGUGAAGGAGAUGGUUGAGGAAUAUUUGCAGGAAGAGAACCCUUCUUCAACGUCUUCUCCUUCAUUGUUGUUUCCUGGGUUGCAGAGGAUAAUGGGUUUUUCACAAAACAAGUAAAAAAAAAAAAAAAAAAUUCAAGCCUUUUUUUAUUUUUUAUUUCACUUUUUAAUUAGGGGCUUAAUCAUUUAUUGAGCAUUGCAUUCAAUUGAGAAAAUGGGGAUGUAAGGUGAAAAAAGGUUGAUUAAUUUCAAACGAGAGAAGUUUAAUGAAAGAAAUUUUUUGGUUGGU